AUGUUAAAAAUGCUAAACGUUGCAUUUCUUUAAUGGUAGUCUUUGUCUAACUGGGAACAUUGUGCAAGCAUCACAUCACCAGGAACAUCAGAGCAGGAGAUGUUACAGUUGCAGGAACGUUAUAGCCUAACUUCGUUCUGAUUACGUUCUCUUAACGUUCUUUACCUGGAGAGAAUUUUUUUUUAGAUGAUUGUUUGCAUAUUUACUUGAGUGAGGAAUCUGCGUAAUCUACAUUAAACGCAUUUCAUAAUCGCAUUUCGUCUGAAGUGUCUUUAAUUAGGUAGUAUCACUGUCCAAAUUUGCUCCUAUAUAGAUUAGAUUUGGAUUCAUUCUUGCGUCUCUUUGUUCCGUUUGUGCCUUCAUCCUUGACCUGCUCAUGUUUCGCCCUGCGGAGGCUCCUUGCGCUUCAGCCGGAUUCAAAUCUAGACCUAUCUUAUUUCAGCUUUUAAAAAGCCCUUAUUGUCCUCUACGAUGAUAUUCAUCACUUCGGCCGAACAGAACGGCUCUUGUGGAAGGCCCUGCUUAAGGAUUACCGCGUGCUUCGCUUAUUAAAACACCUGAUGAUGAGGAGUCGGGCUGGGCUGUACCUGUGGCUCUGUGGGUCCUGGGGAGGGACAGAUUAAAGCAGCAUCAGUUGGAUAGAGACUUUCUGAGAUGUACAGAGAGAGGAAGGAACCAGAACUGACGAUGGUGCUUCUAACCACUAAGAUCGUACAGAGAGCGUCACUCUUUGUGGCUUUCGGUGGCCUUGUCACGACGUUCAUCACCACAUUUUUACCGCUGUGGAAGACGAUGAACUCGGAGCUGAACGAGAUGGAGAACUGGUACGAGGGUCUGUGGCAUAUGUGCAUCUUCACGGAGGAAGUGGGUCUCCACUGCAAAGCCUUCGAGUCUCUCCUCGCUCUGCCUCCAGUCACGCUUGCCUCCAGGAUUCUCAUGUGUGUAUCCAUCGCGACUGGGUUCCUCGGUGUGUUGGCGGCGUUUUUCGGACUCGACGGCGUCGAGAUCGGGGCCGGCCGUGACAGGUUAAAGAGGGGACUCCUCAUCCUCGGUGGUGUGCUGAUCUGGGUGUCGGGACUCACGACUCUGGCGCCGGUUUCGCUGAUCGCGUACGUGAUGGUGGUGGAGUUCUGGGAUGGGGGUCUUCCUGACGUGAUGCCGCGCUGGGAGUACGGCGAGGCCAUGUUCUCCGCCUGGUUCUCGGGACUUCUGCUGGUCAUCGGGGGAUCGUUUAUUUUCGUCGCAGUGUGCAUGAGGGACCACGAAGAGAAGCAGCAAAGGGAAAUCUUCUCACCUACUCAUGAACUUCAACCAAGGACUCAGCAUUACCUAAAGACAGAGGUCUUAUAGAUUUAUUUUUACAUUUUCCACCACACAGUAUGAUAGAAUGAUGAAUUAAUUAUUGAAAGAUUAAAAAAAAAAAAAACACACACACACAUUACCUGGUUUGUUAGCAUGUAUGUUUUUAGUAUUUUUGUGAUGGUGCUCAUUAAA